AUGGUCGGGUCGCUCAUUCCUCUUUAUGAGAGAAUCGAUGCUAUACUCGUGAGGUAUGGCAGUUUCAACUCUACUCAGAAAUUCCGCCUUUUAGUGGGAGACUACUACUUGAAAUGUGACGGCCAUCCCAACUACCUGUUUCCAAAUGGAUACAUCAACGAAAUCAUCCGCCAAAACAUCAUGCUCCGACAGAUUACCCAGGAAGAAGAAAAUAUCUCCGAAAGGUACGGAGCCUUGAAGUUAGAAACUACAACUGAAGAGAAUAAGAAGCAGCUCUCCGAGUGGCUUCAACGUCUCGAAGAUCUUUCCAGGGAAUAUUGGUUUCAUGAACGGGAUCUUUAUCAACUUGAAUCCCGAUUCCCAGUUGGGCCGCUCAGGAGAGCCUAUGAUUCAUGGCGAUCCAACUCAAAGUGGUAUCUCCAUCCAGAUCUCGUCAAUGAAUGUGCCGGAAGGGGGGAUGCUGCGGCCGGGUCUGUGGAUGCUGUGAGAAGCGCCAUGAAACUCCAGGAAGAAGACGCGGGGCCGGUCAUUGUACCACAGAGUGUGGAUGCUGUUCCAAAGCCCGCGGGUUCGAGCUGA